AUGGGACUAGAGAGCUGCAACAGCAAAGACUACAGCUUCUUUCUUCUGACUUCUGUCCCUUUCUUGAAACUUCGAAACAACGGUUUAUGCAUUCGAAGAGCAGAAAAUCCGCUGAGCCCCGCAUCGGUAUAUUCCCCAGUACUGGGAUUGGUUCCCCAUAGGGCGAAGGGCUUUGGCUUUCUCAAUUACAUCGACCCUUGCUUUUCGGACAAAGUAGAGGAAAGGUUAGCCCAAAGGUCUUGUCUUUCAGAGCGGGGAUGCCUUGAGUUGCUGGAUCCCCUGUACAAGGGAAGUCUAUUCUGCUCAAGUGGAUGGGCUAAGGAUCAGUUCCAAGGGUUGAGGAUCUCGAAAGAAAGUACGCACGGGUGUAUGGAAAGAAGAUCCUUUUGCCAAUGUUUCGAUGAGGAUGACAGGCACCGGUACCAGCGAUCCUACGAGUUAACUGAGCUAAUCCUGACAUCUAUGGUACUGGACGUGGAAAGUCAGUCCGGAGGCAAGAGGAAGGUCCAA